UUUUUCUAUUCACUUCUCGCAGAAAGCCAUUGUGGAGGAACUAGAGUACGMUUUAASGACUUUUCUCUCUUCUUUAUAACACCAAUAUUAACUUUGAGAAUUUCUCUGAUAAAAAUGGGUUGUUCUGCGUCAAAAGCUACGGAAGUUGUUGUUGCACCGAUGCCUUCAAAGCCACAUGUCCAACAGAACAAAUUAUCAAACGAAAAAGAUUCCGAUAGUUUACGUGGCAGUCAAGCCUCCAUCAAUUCAAACUCUACUCGCUCUGACAGGGAAAGUUCGGCUCGAUCCACUCGAACAACAGAUACUACAGACAGCGGUGUUUGUGAACUGGAUGAUAACCGCAAUAUCAUUACAGAAAAUUCAAGUGAAGAAGAAAUAAUGAAGUCUAAAGCAAACGAACGACCGAAAACACCAGAACUAAGCAUUGACGGUACUCCAGUAAAGCGAAGAAAAAGUCCAAAGCAGCGACUCUUGGAAUCCAGGGACUCAAAUAAUAACCUUAGCUCAUUGCCUCCCAUGGGAAUAAUAGAGCGUCCUCAAAGCCGAGGAGGUUUUGCUUUCGAUGUAAUGUUGGACACAGGAAAUGUGAAAAACAGACCAACAAAGUUAGCAUCACUUGAAAAGAGAAAGAAGAGAUCCAAGAGAAGGACGAAGGAAGAAAUAGAUCAAAAAAUUAAAGAGGCAAAUGACAGGAGAAAGGAGCAUGCAAAUCAAGUUAUAGAGAAAGCAUUAAUAUCCCGAAAAGAGAAACAGCUACGAGAAGCUAGAGCACUAGAUGACUUUGCCAAGAGACUUGAACAACAAGAAUCAUAAUAACAUUUAAUGUAAUUGCACAAAAAAAAUGAAUAAUUUAUAAACAAAUGUAUUAUAUUUGUAAAUAAGAAUUUUUUUACAAAAAUUUUAUGUGGCUUUMAAAAAUGUGCCACUGUUUUUUAUAUAAACGUUUUUUCCAAGGAAAAAAUAUUACCAAGUCAAGUAUUCAUGCAUGAUUSACUGCAAUAGGCUAUUUUCAUACUAAGAAAAUUUGUCAAACUUAGGCUAUAUUUAGAGUGACUUUCAAUAUUGUCUUUUGCUUGCUCAAGAAUAUUUAUCUUUCCUCUUUUGUUUGAAGAGAUCCAACUUUGUGUGGUAGAAAUGACAGACAAUAAACAAACCAGGAGGUAACUUGUUUACCACAGAAGAAA